CCACGUAGCAUUUGAGGCAAUAUUGCACUUUUCCUCGUUUCCCUUUCCACACCUAUGUUUUGUGAAAUCAACGCCAAGUACCUUCUGUUGAGCACUGAACUCUUUAGAAAAGUAGUAAAACAAUUCUUCCUUCAGUUUCAUGCCUCGUAGAGUGUAUGCUAGUUCGGCAGAGUCUUGGCCUGUCCGACAUGAUGCUACAACCCUCAGAAGAAUGCCCUUCUCCAUGGCUGAGUGUCCACAUGGCUUCACUCCCUGCUCAUCCAGGAACUUGGCACACUCACUCACCCACCGUCCCGAGGAAUGACAGUCUGAGAUAAUCCCGAGUUUCUGUCCACGGCUGUGUUUCAUGUAGAGAUCAGCAAUGUCUCUGAAGGUGAUAAAACCAUCUCUGAAACU